GUUUUGAAUAGGCGUGGCUAACACUGCGUGAUUACGAUAGACGAGCCUUUCUUACUACCGACAAGAGUGUGAUCAUUCUUUUACGCACUUACUUCAUUUGAACAAAAUUUCAGCAAUCGAGCUAAUUUAAGAUGUUUUACACUUGUGGUCCCAAUGAGGCGAUGGUGGUCUCAGGCUGCGGCCGCUCCCCUCCUUUGCUGAUUGCUGGAGGAAGAGUGUUUGUUUUACCAUGCAUUCAGAAAAUCCAGCGGAUAUCUCUUAAUACUCUCACUCUUAAUGUGAAGAGUGAUAAGGUCUACACCAGACAUGGAGUACCUAUCUCAGUGACAGGCAUUGCCCAGGUGAAGAUCCAGGGGCAAAAUAAAGAAAUGCUGGCCGCAGCUUGCCAGAUGUUCAUGGGGAAGUCCGAGACUGAGAUCUCUCAGAUUGCUUUGGAGACUCUUGAGGGACAUCAGAGAGCCAUUAUCGCUCAUCUGACUGUGGAGGAGAUUUACCAGGACCGUAAAAAGUUUUCCGAGCAGGUAUUUAAGGUCGCCUCCUCUGACCUGGUCAACAUGGGGAUCGGUGUGGUCAGCUACACACUCAAAGAUGUUCAUGAUGAUCAGGGUUAUCUCGUCUCUCUGGGUAAAGCUCGUACCGCUCAGGUGCAAAAAGACGCUCGUAUCGGAGAGGCUCAGUUUAAGAGAGAUGCUGUUAUGAGGGAGGCUCAUGCCAUGCAGGAGAAGGUCUCUGCUCAGUAUAAGAAUGAGAUUGAGAUGGCCAAAGCCCAGAGAGACUUUGAGCUCAAGAAGGCAGCCUAUGAUGUUGAGGUCAACACCAAGAAGGCGGAAUCUGAAAUGGCCUAUCAGCUUCAGGUGGCUAAGACAAAGCAGCGCAUCGAGGAGGAAAAGAUGCAGGUUCAGGUUGUGGAGCGCACACAGCAGAUCACCCUGCAGGAGCAGGAGAUCACCCGUAGGGAGAAAGAACUGGAAGCUAAGGUCAGAAAGCCAGCUGAUGCUGAGAGAUAUCGUGUCGAGAAGCUCGCUGAGGCAAUGAGACUACAGUUGAUCAUGGAGGCAGAAGCUGAGGCCGAAUCCAUCAGAAUGAGGGGAGAGGCCGAGGCCUUCGCGUUGGAGGCGAAGGGUCGCGCUGAAGCAGAGCAGAUGGCCAAAAAGGCAGAAGCUUUUAAAGAGUACAAAGAGGGAGCCAUGGUGGACAUGCUGCUUGAGACACUCCCACUGAUGGCAGAGGAGAUCAGCAAGCCACUCGCUUCAGUCCAGAAGGUCACCAUGGUGUCCAGCGGAGGGUCAGAAGUGGGUGCGGCUAAGCUGGCUGGAGAGGUUCUGGAUAUUAUGAGCCGCCUGCCGAUGACGGUGGAAAAACUGACUGGAGUAAAAAUUUCACAGGUUCCCUCAACCCGCAUGGGUUAAUGGAGUUCACUAAGACAGAAUCGACUUUAAUCCGCUGUGAUGUUGGAUUUUAACUCUUUCGGUCUAUGUGUGCUUGAAUGCAUGCCUGUGUUUAUACUGAACCUGGAACCUCAAUGUUAUUGUAGUUGUUUUUUGUUAUCCACCAUAUUGUAACCUUUGAUAUUUUUACACCAGGCUUUGUGAAUUAUAUGCUUUUAUAACAUUAUAUAAUCAUUUUGUAGGUUAGUUGACUUAAGAGCCUUUCUGAUUUGUAAUAGUUUAAGGAAGUACAAUCUCAGUUUUUCAUCUGUGAAUAGAUUCUGUCCUUGUGCCUCUUGAUUCUGCUAGGUUUCUUUCAGAACCAAAGUGCAUUUAAGAUUAAUGCAUACACAUUUACCUCAAGUGCAUUAUUGAAGCCAUAUUGCAUGUUGCCUUACAUAUACAUGUGGCUGGUUGCAUAAAUUGUUUAAACUUUUUAAACUGCCUUUUUUCUUGAAGAUUGGUCAUACCAUUUUCAUUCAGUUACAUGAAACUGAAAAUUAAAGGACCAGUAUGUAAGAAAUUUAUAUCAAUUAAUCAUAAAAGGGCCCUGAUAUGUCACUAGACAUUAAGAAAUCAUGUUCAUCUCAAAUACAGCCCUCAACUGAUGUUUAUGUUGUCAUGUUGUAUAUUGGCCACCAAUUGUGUGAUUGUAGUACCAGUUUUGACCACAAUCCUACAUACUGUUCCAUUAGUCUUAACUAAGUGGCUAUGUUUAUGCAACUGGCCACUGAUCUAUCAAAAGAAAAGACUUAACACUGAAAUGUGAUGCUACAUUUAUGCCUUUUUACUAAAUCUCUCUGUGACUGUUCACUAUAGCUGCUUUAAAGUUACAUGCUGUGAAAAAUAUCUCAUGAGAAGGUCAUUGGCUAAAGAUAUUUUCCUUAAAACUAUGAAACAAAAGGUUAUUGACAUACCUGUAUAUAGAGCAGAUAAUAGUUUUGUUUUACUAUUCAGCGUCUGUGUGCUCAGUUCUGCUCUGUGGUUUAUAAGGGAUUUUUACAGCAAGUUGAAAAAUGAGAAUGUGAGGUGCAAGUUGAUGGACAAACAGGAAAAAGAAGAAGAGAAAUUGGUUAGGUUUUCAGUACAUACCACAAACAGGUCUUGAUGGCCACAGAAACUUCAGGGGAACACUGAUGUCGCUUUCAUUUCUCAUGUAAUACAGUGCAUGGAGAAGACAGUUAAUCUUUAUAUUUGACUGUACUGUAAUGUAAUGUAAAGUAUAUAAUAACACAAGAUGCAAUCCUAUGCAUCCUCUCACAAAGUGCCUCAAAUCAGCUGCCUCACUGAAUCGGACUAUCUGACUAAUCUGCCAUGGAACAACAGUUUCAGUGAUAUUUGGGGCAGUUUCUCAGACUGGGCUUAUCCAAUCCAAGAUUAAAAUGCAUGUGUGAGCUGCUUAAAUUUAAAAACAACUUGCUCUAAGGGGCGGUUUCCCGGACAGGGAUUAGACUAGUCCUAGACUAAAAUAAAUGUAAGAGCUGUCCAAACUGAAAACAACUUGCACUGACAUUUAUUAAAAUACAUCAGUAACAUUUGUUUUGCCUCAAAAUGCACACAAGUUAUGUUUUAAGGAAGGCAUGUUUGUUAAAACUAGUUUUAUUUCCUCAUUAAACUAAGACCUAGUCCCGGUUUAAGAUAAUCCCUGUCCGGGAAACUGACCCUAAAUGUUCUAAUAUAAAUGAGGCCUAGUCCUGGAUUAACCUAAACCCUGUCCGGGAAACCACCCCAUUAUCAGAUACUUUAAUGUCUCAUGUCCAAUACAGUCAAUGUUUUGCAAUAAGAUUUUAUUCAGGUGUUGGGGCUUGUUCAUUUGUUUUAAUGUAUGACAACUUUUCACUAAAUCUUUGCCUUUAUAUUCAAUGAAUGUAGAUGUUAAAACUGACUAAUCUCCAUGGCCAGGCUGAGAUUCAUGUUUGUUUUAUUAAACAUAAUAAACUAUUCUGUAUGCGUUGUCAUCUAUAACUAGUCUUUUUUUGUCUUGUAUGUGUGCACAAACCUACACUGUAAAAUGUGUAAAUUGUACAUUUUUCUGCUGCCUAAAUGUUUUAGUUAAAUCAACUUAGAUUUACAAGUUAUUUCAACUUACUAUUAUUUAUCUUAACUAGAGAUGAGUUAAAACUUGUAAAAUAUAGUUGAAAUAAGUCAACUUCCUCAUUCCUUGUCAAGAUAAAGAGUAGUAAGUUGAAAUGACUUAAACCCUAAAAAGGCAGCAAAGAUUUUUUUACAGUGUAUAGAUGACAAUCCAGUAUGUAAACUGUGUUUGAUUGUAAAUAAAAACACGCCAUAGUUUGGAUUUUA